AUGGCCUCAGCCAAUGCUAUCUCCACAACCUCCAUCCUCUCUGCAUCUUCGAAACAAUUGGGGCUGAAGAAUAGGAGAGUGAGCCAAUUCCAGAAGUGUGGCCAGAAACAGGGCAAGAACCGGGUUGUGGUGAGGGCCAAUGCUAAGGAUAUCGCUUUUGACCAGAAAUCAAGGUCUGCUAUGCAGACAGGCAUUGACAAGCUUGCCGAUGCUGUAGGCCUUACUCUCGGUCCCAGAGGAAGGAAUGUAGUGUUGGAUGAGUUUGGUUCCCCGAAGGUGGUGAACGACGGUGUGACUAUUGCAAGGGCCAUUGAGUUGCCUGAUGCCAUGGAAAAUGCUGGUGCUGCAUUGAUUAGAGAGGUUGCGAGCAAGACUAACGAUUCUGCUGGUGAUGGGACCACUACGGCUUCAGUGCUUGCUCGUGAAAUUAUAAAGCUUGGUCUUUUAAGUGUGACCUCGGGUGCCAACCCUGUUGCAGUGAAGAAGGGCAUUGAAAAAACCGUGCAGGGUUUGGUUAGAGAGCUUGAAAAGAAAGCUAGGCCGAUCAAGGGCCGCGAGGACAUCAAAGCUAUUGCAUCAAUUUCUGCGGGCAAUGACGAGAGCAUUGGGACAAUGAUUGCUGAUGCAGUUGACAAAGUGGGGCCGGAUGGUGUAUUAUCCAUUGAGUCAUCAUCUUCCUUUGAGACAACUAUUGAUGUAGAAGAAGGAAUGGAGAUCGACCGAGGAUACAUCUCCCCACAAUUUGUAACCAACCCUGAGAAGUUGAUUGUUGAGUUCGAGAAUGCAAAAGUAUUAGUGACUGACCAGAAGAUUUCUGCUAUCAAAGACAUUAUUCCCCUGUUAGAGAAAACCACUCAGUUGAGGGCACCUUUACUUAUCAUUGCAGAAGAUGUCACAGGAGAGGCAUUGGCUACUCUUGUCGUGAACAAGCUCAGAGGUAUCUUGAAUGUGGCUGCAAUCAAAGCACCUGGUUUUGGAGAACGAAGGAAAGCUCUUCUUCAAGAUAUCGCCAUUGUGACAGGAGCCGAGUAUCAAGCCUCUGAUUUGGGCCUGCUUGUGGAGAACACUGACGUUGACCAGUUGGGAACUGCAAGAAAAAUAACAAUAAGCAAGGAUUCGACUACCAUCAUAGCUGAUGCUGCAUCAAAGGACGAGCUACAAGCUAGGGUUGCUCAGCUGAAAAAGGAAUUAGCUGAGACCGACUCCAUUUACGACUCUGAGAAACUUGCAGAAAGAAUUGCAAAAUUGUCUGGUGGUGUUGCUGUUAUCAAAGUUGGUGCUGCAACGGAGACGGAGCUUGAGGACCGUAAGCUUCGCAUUGAGGAUGCCAAGAAUGCGACUUUUGCUGCAAUUGAGGAAGGUAUCGUGCCAGGUGGUGGGGCCGCGUUUGUUCACCUCUCUGCUCAUGUGCCCGCCAUUAAGGACACACUUGAAGAUGCAGAGGAGCAACUGGGUGCUGAUAUUAUCCAAAAGGCACUUGUAGGACCAGCAGCUCUCAUAGCCCAAAAUGCUGGAGUUGAGGGGGAAGUUGUCGUGGAGAAAGUGAAGGCCAGCGAGUGGGAAUUCGGGUACAAUGCAAUGACGGACUCGUACGAGAAUCUAGUUGAGGCUGGGGUGAUCGACCCAGCUAAGGUCACAAGGUGUGCCCUGCAAAAUGCAGCUUCUGUUGCUGGUAUGGUUCUCACUACACAGGCCAUAGUUGUUGAGAAGCCCAAACCCAAGACGCCUGUGGCUGCUGGGGCCGGGGCCCCGCCUGGCAUGGGCAGUUAUUCUGUGUGA